GGCGUCAACUUCUCGGGCCGGGUUUCAUUACUCGUACGUAUAGGGCGUGUUUGGUUGUCCGGACCACACCUGGCUUGCACCUAGCCAGUAGAUUUGCGAUUGUUUGGUUGCAUGGGCUUGUCUCAUAGCAAGAUCCGGUGGAUGAAAAAGGCCCGCGGAGCCAGGCUGAGCGGAAACGCUAGAAUCGACCUUCGCUUGCACCCGCGCGUGCAGAACCCAUGGAUGGGGUCACCACCAUCCCUCCUCUCCUCCUCCUCAUUUGUUCCAAACCAGUGGAAAGCUAGGGUUCCGCCGACUCGCGACUGGAGGGCGCUGCUCGUCGCGCCGUCCUCGCCGGCGGGAGGGCCGGUCGUCCGUCAGCAUCCUCUCUUCCGUUGGUCAUCCUCCCUCUCUUUCGCUCGCCGCCAUCGCUUUCUUCCACUGGUUCACUCUCUCCGUCAAGCCGUUUGGUCUCUGCUACGCCCCUCUCUUUCGUCGACUCUCUCCGUUGAGCUCUCUGGAAAAUGUGAUAAUGGAAAAACUUGUGAGAUCAAGUGUAGAUAUACUAAGGUUGAUGAGUUUGAAGCAAUCUGUACAAAAGCUUGCAAGCAGAACAUAGCUGAAACAGAUGGUUUAGUUUUGUAUGCGGUUACUAAUUUGUUUAUCAAAUUGGUUACUUGUAAAAAACUUGCCAUGAGCACGUAUAUUUGUAUGUUUGUUUUGAAUUGUCAAAUGUACCAGUGUCGUCAAUAAAAUUAUGUACAUGAUUUUUGCUAGAAUAAUCA